GAGACUAACAGGUUAGAAGCGCCAAUUGGCCUAAAACCACGAAAGUCUUUGGACUGUGGAGAGCACAGACACUCCACGCCGAAAGGACCGGGCUGGAUUUAAGGUCAGGCUCUUCCACAGUGGGAGUGUUAAACCUGCAGUGAGGGGUGGGGCUUGGCUGCCCACGGUCCAGACUCUGGACUCGGAAAUCCCUUCCUGCUCUCCACCUGCCGCCGGGCACAGGUUAAUGGAUAAACUUCCUACCUGCUGAACCAACAUCGAGAUCUGUCGACUGCCCGGAAGAUUCACUUUACCCGAUAAAAGGGCCAUUGGACGAUAACAACAACGACGGUUAAUGUUCACACACAGGUGUUGGUAACGGGACCCAUGUUUCUGACACGAAAACCCAAGAAAACCGCUGCGAGCAUCAAAGUAACUUCAGGUUUCCACCGUAACACAGCUCCACUUUUCUUCUGACCAGAGUUGGCACACGAAGGACUUCAGGGUGCUUUGCGUCGGGUUAGCACCUGGACAUGGACCGAUACAGGUACUUUAUUUUUAACCAGAAGGGCGUGCUCGGCCUCGGUAUCCUCCAGGUGGCUUGUGCUGGUCUCUGUGUGGUCUGUGGGCUCAUGGACGCUGUUUUUCGCAAGGACACUCCGCUGAGUACCACCAGGACGCCGCUGUGGGGAGGACUGAUCAUGGCCUCUCCAGGUGUGCUGGCGCUGUUUGCCUCCCAGAGGAAGAACCCAGUACUGGUGAGUGUGAUGGUGGUGGCCUCAGGCCUGUCUGUUUUGGCUGCAAUCAUCAUAUCAAGUUACUCCUGUCUGACCCUCACCUAUGGGCAGGAGGAUAAAGAGGUCUUCCAUCACCACAACAGUCCUCAAGUGACGUUUGUGCUUCAUCGGAUGGUGAAAGGCGCCAAUGCCACCAUCCUGCUAACCUGUGCCAUCAGCCUGGUUUUCUCCUCCGUCAUCGGCUACAUGGGCUGUCGCAGCAUCCCCUUGUGUGCCUGCUAUGACGCCAGAACUGGACUGGAGAGCCUGGUUCCUCAGUGUGAUCCCGGGGACACUGAGAUGUGCACCUUGCAGACAGGAGGAGACAACAGGGUGUUUAACUCUCCAGCUCAAACAACUCACAAAGACGAUCCAGAAGAAGAGGAGGGUUCCUCCAACCUGCCCCCAUACAGCAGACUGACCUGAGACGCAUGCCUGUUGGGGACGUCAUACUCCUGCUUGCUUCCUUCUGACUGCAGGUUCAUUAUAUUUAAAGAUAAAGUCUAUGGGUUUACUUCUGAGCACAGACAGAGGAGGAAUUACAUAAUUCAAGUGAAGCUCAAGAUGCCAAGUCUUGAAAAACUGGACUUUUUACAGAUCUGUUGGAGAGACACGAAUUGUCGUGCUGUGGCAGUGUCUUUUGGUUAAUGGCCUCACAAUUCUACAGUCAGACUCAUUUAAACUUGCCAAAGCCUGAAUACCUGUGUGUGCAUCGUGUCAGUACUUUCAUGUUUAAUUGUUUUUAUGCUGUGUGAAUGACUUUUGCUCUGACUUAAUAUAUUUAAUAUGUAUGCAUUAAAUAAAA